AAAAUUAAUAGCCUUCUUUAGCAUUUACCUAGGAUGUGGAGAAGGAGAAUGAGUGAUCUAACAGAAAGUUUGUCUCUCUGGAUGAAUAAUUCAGGUGCUGGUUGCUAGGAUUGUGUCCAUGUUACUCCUCUUGGACGUGACAGCUGCGUUGUUGUGGUGUUGGGUUCUCCUUGCACCUGUAUUGAUUUGCCUAGAGUGGAUUUAAUUAAUUAGAAAGCUGGAUAUUAUCAGGGGAUCCACCUCCGCACCCACUCCUCCAUCCUCGCCUUUUUAACAAUGUCCCAUUAGGACAGAGAAGGAGAAGCACUACGCCUUUGACCAGUGGACACAUUUUACAUGGUGGAAAGGGACAGAAACAAUAUAGUUAAGAGGGGAAAAAAAAGAAAGGAACUGUGUGAUUUUAAAAGCAGAAGACAAAAUUUGGAUUCUUCUGAUCUGUGGAACAGUGGCUAGAAUACACCGUUUGUAUGUGUCUGUGUGUAUAAGUGCGGAGGUCAACUAGGACUCAACUAGGAAGCCUCUGUGAUCUGCCUGUUCUGUUUUUUUGUUGUUGUUGUUUUUACUUCACUGCAAGAGGAAGACGUUGGGAUUUAGUGCAGGUUUCAGCUGGGUUGCUUGCUGAGCUGAAAUGGUCUUUAUUCCACACAGCUGCAGCACACACACCUGCUAAGGAAGUGUGUGUGUGUUUGUGAGAGUUAUUUGGAAUACUAGGCUAAACACUCUAGGACUUUUUUGCCGCAUGUAUGGAUGAGAGUUUGCUCAGUGGAGGAUGUUUAAGCGACGGGAUUAUGUUGAGCUCUACCAGAAUGACCAGGCAAAGUGGGCACUGUUGAGGAAUGUCAACACAGUCUUCAAACAGACCACUCUGCUACCGGGGGACUAUGUGUGGUUGGACCUGAAGACAGGCCGGGAGUUCGAGGUCCCGAUCGGUGCGGUGGUGAAGCUCUGUGACUCGGGGCAAAUCCAGGUUCUGGAUGAUGAGGGCAAUGAACACUGGAUCUCCCCCCAAAAUGCCACCAACAUUAAGCCAAUGCACCCCACCUCUAUCCAUGGCGUGGAGGACAUGAUUCGCCUGGGGGACCUGAAUGAGGCUGGGAUUCUCCGCAACCUGCUCAUCCGCUACCGAGAGCACCUCAUUUAUACAUACACAGGGUCAAUACUGGUGGCAGUGAACCCAUAUCAGCUUCUGCCCAUCUACACAGCUGACCAGAUCCGCCUGUACACCAACAAGAAGAUUGGAGAGAUGCCUCCACAUAUCUUUGCCAUUGCUGACAACUGUUACUUUAACAUGCAGAGGAAUAACAAGGACCAGUGCUGCAUCAUCAGUGGUGAGUCUGGAGCAGGGAAGACGGAGAGCACCAAGUUGAUCCUGCAGUUUCUGGCUGCCAUCAGUGGCCAACACUCCUGGAUUGAACAGCAGGUGUUGGAAGCCAACCCCAUCCUUGAGGCCUUUGGGAAUGCCAAGACCAUCCGUAAUGACAACUCAAGCCGGUUUGGGAAGUACAUAGAUAUCCAUUUCAACAAGAGAGGAGCAAUAGAAGGAGCCAAAAUUGAGCAAUAUCUGCUGGAGAAGUCCCGAGUCUGUCGACAGGCCCAGGAUGAGAGGAACUACCAUAUUUUUUACUGCAUGCUGAAAGGCAUGACUCCAGACCAGAAGAAGAAACUUGGCCUGGGCAAAGCAACAGAUUACACCUACCUCACUAUUGGAAAGUGCACUGUGUGUGAUGGCCGUGAUGACCAGAAGGAGUAUUCCAACAUCCGUUCAGCCAUGAAGGUGCUCAUGUUUACAGACACAGAGAACUGGGAGAUCUCUAAACUGUUGGCCUCCAUUCUGCAUAUGGGCAACCUCAGAUAUGAAGCCCGUACUUAUGAUAACCUGGAUGCCUGUGAGGUGGUACGAUCUGCUGAGCUUUCCAUAGCUGCAAAGCUGUUAGAGGUUGACUCUAAGGACUUAAUGAACUGCCUGACCAGUCGCACCAUCAUCACUCGGGGAGAGACGGUGUCCACUCCUCUGAGCAUGGAGCAGGCCUUGGAUGUUCGAGACGCUUUUGUGAAGGGAAUAUAUGGACGUCUGUUUGUGUGGAUCGUUGAAAAGAUUAAUGCAGCCAUCUACAAGCCUCCGUCUCAUGAGCCUAAAGCGGUGCGCAGGUCCAUUGGCCUGCUGGACAUCUUUGGCUUUGAGAAUUUUACAGUCAACAGCUUCGAGCAGCUUUGCAUCAACUUUGCCAAUGAAAACCUGCAACAGUUCUUUGUGCGGCAUGUCUUCAAGCUGGAGCAGGAGGAGUACAACCUGGAGAACAUCAACUGGCAGCACAUCGAGUUCACUGACAACCAGGACGCACUGGACAUGAUCGCCAUCAAACCCAUGAACAUUAUCUCACUUAUCGACGAGGAGAGCAAGUUCCCCAAGGGCACGGACACCACCAUGCUGAACAAACUAAACUCUCAACACAAGCUCAACACAAACUACAUCCCACCCAAGAACAGCUACGAGACGCAAUUCGGCAUCCAGCACUUCGCCGGCAUCGUCUACUAUGAGACCAGAGGUUUUCUAGAGAAGAACAGAGACACCCUUCAUGGUGACAUCAUUCAGCUGGUUCAUUCAUCCAAAAACAAGUUUAUCAAGCAGAUCUUUCAAGCUGAUGUUGCGAUGGGGGCGGAGACGAGAAAGCGUUCCCCAACUCUGAGCAGUCAGUUUAAACGCUCUCUGGAGUUGCUGAUGCGCACACUGAGUGUGUGUCAGCCCUUCUUUGUCCGCUGCAUCAAACCCAACGAGUACAAGAAGCCCAUGCUCUUUGACAGGGAGCUGUGUGUCAGGCAGCUCCGCUACUCAGGAAUGAUGGAAACAAUUCGGAUCCGGCGGGCUGGAUACCCCAUCCGCUACACUUUUGUGGAGUUUGUGGAUCGGUAUCGUGUCCUCAUGCCUGGAGUGAAACCUUCCUACAAACAGGAGGACCUGAGAGGGACCUGCCAGAGAAUUGCUGAGGCUGUCCUUGGCAGAGACGAUGACUGGCAGAUGGGAAAGACCAAGAUCUUCCUGAAGGACCAUCAUGAUAUGCUUUUGGAGAUUGAGAGAGACAAAGCCAUCACUGACAAAGUCAUUCUUAUUCAGAAAGUCGUCCGAGGUUUCAAAGACAGGUCUAACUUCUUGAAAAUUAAGAAAUCAGCUCUUAUGAUCCAGAAGACUUGGAGGGGUUACUGCUGUCGGAAGAACUAUGGGGCGAUGCGUGCCGGGUUCUCACGGCUCCAGGCCCUGUACCGCUCCAGGAAGCUCUAUCAGACUUACCAUGUGACCCGGCAGAGGAUGACCCUGUUCCAGGCUCGCUGUAGAGGCUGUAUGGUGCGCCGGGCCUUCAGACACCGUCUCUGGGCCGUCAUCACCAUCCAGGCCUAUACUAGGGGCAUGAUCGCUCGCCGUUUAUACCACAGACUCAAAGGAGAGUACAAGCGUAGACUGGAUGCAGAGAAGAUGCGCUUGGCUGAGGAGGAGAAGCUCAGGUACCAGAUGAGUGCUAAGCGGGCCAAAGCCGAGGCCGAGCGCAAACACCAGGAGCGACUGGCCCAGCUGGCACGAGAGGACGCGGAGCGGGAGAAGAAGGAGAAGGAGGAGGCGCGCAGGAAAAAGGAGAUGCUGGAGCAAAUGGAGAGAGCUCGUCAUGAGCCCGUCAACGACUCUGACAUGGUGGAUAAGAUGUUCGGCUUCCUGGGUACCACUAACUCUUUCCCUGGGCUGGAGGGCCAGGCACCAGCUGGGUUUGAGGACCUGGAGCGGACUCAAAGGAAUGUGGAGGAAGAGGAUCUGGAUGAAGCUCUUCCUCUCCCUGAGGAAGAGGAGGAAGAUCUGUCUGAAUAUAAGUUUGCCAAAUUCUCAGCCACCUACUUUCAGGGCACCAGCACUCACACGUACAUGCGCCGGCCGCUCAAGCAGCCCUUACUGUUUCAUGAGGACGAGGGAGAUCAGCUGGCUGCGCUUGCAGUGUGGAUCACAAUUCUCCGAUUCAUGGGUGAUCUCCCAGAACCAAAAUAUCAUACAGCUAUUAGUGAUGGCAGUGAGAAAAUCCCUGUGAUGACCAAGAUCUACGAGACGCUGGGCAAGAAGACCUACAAGAGGGAACUGCAGGCUCUGCAGGGAGAGGGAGAGAAUGCCCACAUUGAGAGUCAUAAGAAGAACAGUGUGCGCCACAAGCUAGUGUCCCUCACGCUUAAGAAGAAGUCAAAGAUUACUGAGGAGGUGACCAAGCGUCUGAAUGAUGGCGAGUCCACGAUGCACGGGAACAGCAUGCUCGAAGACCGACCCACAUCCAACCUGGAGAAACUUCACUUUAUCAUCGGCAAUGGCAUCCUCCGACCAGGACUCAGAGAUGAGAUCUACUGUCAGAUUUGUAAGCAGCUGAACCAGAACCCGUCCAAAAGCAGCCACGCUCGAGGCUGGAUCCUCCUGUCCCUGUGUGUGGGCUGCUUUUCACCUACUGAGAAGUUUGUGAAGUAUCUGAGGAAUUAUAUCAGUGGAGGGCCUCCAGGAUAUGCCCCAUACUGUGAGGAAAGGCUCAGGAGGACGUUUGUGAAUGGCACGAGAACACAGCCGCCCUCCUGGCUCGAGCUGCAGGCGACUAAGUCUAAGAAACCCAUCAUGCUGCCUGUGACUUUCAUGGAUGGCACCACAAAAACGCUGCUGACCGACUCAGCCACCACGGCCAAGGAGCUGUGUAAUGCACUGGCAGACAAGAUCAGCCUCAGAGAUCGCUUCGGCUUCUCUCUGUACAUCGCUCUGUUCGACAAGGUUUCAUCUUUAGGCAGUGGUAAUGACCACGUGAUGGAUGCGGUGUCUCAGUGUGAACAGUAUGCUAAAGAGCAAGGUGCUCAGGAGCGAAAUGCCCCCUGGAGGCUGUUCUUCAGGAAGGAGAUCUUCACACCCUGGCACGACCCCACUGAGGACGGAGUGGCUACCAACUUGAUUUACCAGCAGAUCGUACGCGGGGUCAAGUUUGGAGAAUACCGCUGUGACAGGGAUGAUCUUGCAGAACUUGCCUCUCAGCAGUAUUAUGUGGACUACGGCUCUGAGAUCCUGAUUGAACGUCUCAUCAGCCUCAUUCCUUCCUACAUCCCAGAUCGGGAAAUCAGCUCUGCCAAGUCAGUGGAGAAAUGGGCCCAUGUUAUCAUGGCGGCCCACAAAAAGGGGAUUUACACACAGAAACGAGUGGACCCUCAGAAGGUCAGAGAGGAAGUGGUGGAUUUUGCGCGAUACAAAUGGCCAUUGUUAUUCUCAAGAUUCUAUGAAGCCUUUAAAUUUUCAGGACCCAGUUUGCCUAAAAAUGAUGUGAUUGUAGCAGUGAACUGGACUGGAGUUUACUUUGUGGAUGAACAAGAGCAGGUUCUUUUAGAACUCUCAUUCCCAGAGAUCACCGCUGUCUCCAGCAGCAAGGGUGGGAAGCUCCAGGGCCACAGCUUCACCUUGGCCACCAUGAAAGGGGAUGAAUACACUUUUACCUCCAACAACGCAGAGGACAUUCGAGACCUUGUGGUCAAUUUCCUCGAGGGCCUCAGGAAGAGGUCGAAGUUUGUGGUAGCGAUACAGGAUAACCCUAAUCCAGUUGGAGACGAUUCAACAUUUCUGAGCUUUGCUAAAGGCGACCUCAUCCUGCUGGACCAGGACACGGGUGAGCAGGUCAUGACCUCUGGCUGGGUUCAUGGGAUUAACGACCGGACCAAGCAAAGAGGAGAUUUUCCAGCCGACUGUGUGUACGUGCUCCCCACCAUCACAAGACCUCAGCCAGACACUGUGGCUAUGGUUACCAUGACACCAGACCAGCGUCAGGAAUCACUGCGUGUGUCGCAGGUCGCUAUGCCUGAGAGUGUGGAGAGAGUGAAGCCAUACACACUGGAGGAGUUCUCCUAUGAUUACUUCAGGCCACCUCCUAAACACACGCUGAGUCGUGUGAUGAUCACUAAGAACCGUGGGAAGGACAAGCUCUGGUGCUGCACUCGGGAGCCGCUUAAACAGCCACUGCUGAAGAAGGUUCUGGCUAACGAGGACCUAUCACAGGACGCCUGCAUGGCCUUCACUGCCGUUAUGAAAUAUAUGGGUGAUUAUCCGUCCAAACGAACUCGCUCUGUGAAUGAGCUCACGGAUCAGAUCUUUGAGGGCGCUCUGAAGGCAGAGCCUCUAAAAGAUGAGAUCUACUGUCAGAUUCUCAAACAGCUCACUGAGAAUCAUGUGAAGUACAGUGAGGAAAAGGGCUGGGAGCUGCUCUGGUUGUGCACUGGUCUCUUCCCUCCCAGUAAUAUCCUCCUGCCUCAUGUCCAGAGGUUCUUGCAAUCAAAGAAACACCAUCCACUAUCACUGGACUGCAUGCAAAGAUUGCAGAAAGCCUUGCGGAAUGGCUCUAGGAAGUAUCCUCCUCACCUGGUUGAAGUGGAGGCGAUUCAGCACAAGACCACACAGAUCUUUCACAAAGUGUACUUCCCAGACGACACAGAUGAGGCUUUCGAGGUCGAGUCCAGCACGAAAGCAAAAGACUUUUGUCUGAACAUCUCUGGCAGGCUGUUGCUCAAGACUCCAGAUGGCUUCAGUCUGUUUGUAAAGAUCUCUGAUAAGGUGAUAAGUGUUCCAGACGGUGAUUUCUUCUUUGAUUUUGUCCGCCAUCUUACUGAUUGGAUCAAGAAAGCCAGACCUCCUAAAGAUGGUAUAGUGCCUUCACUGACCUACCAGGUGUUCUUCAUGAAGAAGUUAUGGACGAACACAAUGCCUGGAAAGGACUCUUUCGCAGACUCUAUUUUUCAUUACUACCAGGAGCUUCCUAAAUACCUUCGUGGUUACCACAAAUGCUCCAGAGAGGAAGUCUUUCAGCUGGCAGCUCUAAUCUACAGAGUCAAAUAUGAGGACGAUAAAUCGUACUUUCCCAGCAUCCCUAAAAUGCUGAAAGAGCUGAUCCCGCAGGACCUGAUUCGCCAGCUCUCUCCUGAUGACUGGAAACGAUCGAUUGUGGCGUACUUCAACAAGCACGCGGGCAAGUCGAGGGAAGAAGCCAAGCUGACGUUUCUAAAGAUCAUUUACAAGUGGGCCACUUUUGGAUCAGCUUUCUUUGAAGUGAAGCAAACUACUGAGCCAAAUUUUCCUGAAAUCCUACUAAUAGCCAUCAACAAGCAUGGAGUCAGUCUCAUAGACCCCAAAACCAAGGAUAUUUUAACCACUCACCCCUUUACAAAGAUCUCCAACUGGAGCAGUGGAAACACCUACUUCCACAUUACCAUCGGCAACCUGGUGCGAGGAAGCAAGCUGCUUUGUGAAACAUCUCUGGGCUACAAAAUGGAUGACCUGCUGACCUCCUAUAUCAGUCAGAUGCUGACCACUAUGAGCAAGCAGCGGAGCUCGCGUGGACACAGCAGGUGAACAUCUUACUGGCGGGAGGCGGCUGAGCUGGUGCGCGUGCUCCGGGGUGUGGGUCAGCCGUGCAGCUGGAGCCGGACCUUCGCCUGGCAGCUGUGGAGGAUGAGCCGCAGUCCCUCUAACAGCUCUCAGGGCUCCGUUUACCCUGAUGAUGCCGUUUCAUCCCUCUCCAGUGAGGAUGACUACCUCUGACCGGACCUGGCUGGGCUCUGUGGGUCAAAUCUGCUCACCUCCCGCCUCUCAAAUACUGAAUCUGAUCCAGAAAGACAAACUAUGAUGCUCCUGAGGCAUUGCAAGAUUGCUGUUCUCUUAUGUAUGCAAUUUGUGUAAAUUCACUGAAGCAGGAUACAAGUGACCUGCAGUGGCUACCAGACUUUAGUACUUGUAUACUGUUAUACUUAUUACUAUUCAGUGAGAAAUAGUAAUUGUUUAUGUAUUUCCAUACUGACCAUAGUUAUAGUGAUGCCUUUAUUUGUAAAUAUUGUCAGAUGCUUAUAUUCAUCUCAUAUGAACAGUUUUUGUUACUUUUAGCUGAAGUUACAGUAAGUGCUGCUCUGCAAAAUAGCCAUCAGGCAUCAGGAUGAGCUGUUCAUAUUGCAACAAAAUAUUACUAUAGUCUUUACAAACAACAGAAACCAUCACAAGCCCACAGAAAUAGGCAUCAAAGCUAUAAUUGUGAGUUCUGAGUCCUCAGUGGUACCGUAUGUUUUAGUACUCCUGGGUAAGCACACUCUACAGUCUGUUUAGAGAAAAAAAGAAUCUACAAUGAAUCUACAGGGCAUUGAUUUUCAUUUCCAAACUGUCUGUAGUGUGAAUGGGUGUGUGAGUGUGUGUGCGAUUGUGCCCUGUGAUGGGUUUGCACCCUGUCCAGGGUGCCCCCCACCUUGUACCCCGAGUCCCCUGGGGCUCCCAGUGAGGAUAAGCGGUACAGAAAAUGGAUGGAAUUAAAUUCUGUAAACUAACUGGGACUCUGGAAACAAUUUUGUAUCAGUGAUUAUGAAAUCCUUAACUUUUUUUUUUUUGCUUGUUCAUAUUUAAGGUGAAUCUAUGUAAAAUACGUGUUUAUAGGUUUGAACGUUAACAUUUAAAAUGUAGAUUUUCUUAGUUUGGCACUUGUGAGUCUAAAACAAAGAAAUGGUUUCAGAAGAAUCCCAUGUGUCUAUAGUACAGUCAUGGCCUGAGCAAAGGUUUUCUCAGCGACUAUUCAGGGUCAUGUUUAGUGUUGACCAAUGGAGUUCAAAAGUUAUGUCAAUAUUUACACAGGGAAAGUUCCUCGUAUUCAGAGUCGGGUUAUGUAGCUGCUUAAAUUGAUUUCAUGAAUGCCACAUUUAGAUUAAAAAACGAAACAAAACCCUGUGUGUAGUUCAUGCCUCCAAUGUUGCCAGGUCUUUGAGUAGAAAUGUCAGAGACUGGGUUUUUCAAUAGCGUCUAGACCACCACCUUUAAAACACAAGUGUUUGCCCUUAAACCUGAAAGAAUUUAGGAUCGAAAAUGCAGACUGAAGAUGUAUUUUUCUUCUUUGCUGUUAAAUGUAAUAUUGGCAAUAUAUUGCAGCAUGAAUAGUACUAGUAGUAAUUAACACAUUAAUAACGGCAAAUUUGGUUCCAUUUAACAAUAUGCUUAUUACCCUACUUAUUCAGCAGCUUAAAAUAACACAUAGAACCAGCACAUACAGUUAGAACAGCAAGGCCAAUUCUCUUGUCCUCACUAUACAUUGAAAAUAUUUGGGUUUGAGAUCAAAAGAUGAAAAUGAGACGACAGAUCAGAAUUUCAGCUUUCAUUUCCUCAUAUUUACAUAUAGAUUUGUUAAACAACUUCAAACAUGACACGUUUUGUUUGAAUCCACCCAUUUUUUCAAGUGAUCAAAAAUACUGGAACAUGUGACUGAUAGGUGUUUCUUGUUGCCCAGGUGUGCCCUGUUAAAUUGAUCGUUUAAAGAAAUAAUAGCUCUGAAUGUCUACUCUUGGUUUGAGCCAUAGGUUUCACCUCUGAACCCUGCAUUUGUUGUUAAAAAGGAUAAACCAACAUGAAGAUCAGAGAGCUGUCUAUGGGAGAAAAGCAAGCCAUUUUGAAGCUGAGAAAAGAGGGACAAAUCUAUCAGAGGCAUUGCAUAAGCAUUAGGCAAAGCAAAGACAACAAUUUGGAAUUUCAUGAAAAAGAAAGAAACCACUGGUGUAUUAACAACAGAGCGGACUGUAUUAUUUUGAAGUGCAGUGGUGAAAAGCAUGAAGCUUAAGCAGUAUCUACUUUUGAGAGUAAAUACUGCUCUCAUUUGAGUGAACAAAAAUGACACAUUACUGAUUUUCAUAAAAUCCAUGUUUAUGUUUGAUGCAUGAAUACUGAAGUACACAAUGUCUGCUUUAAAUCCUUACUAUAUGUGCUUAACUCAAA